AUGCCUAUACAAGGAUUGACGAGUGUUCAAUUCGAGCUCGGGAAUCAGUUCUUCAUUCAUGAAUUCCUGAUCGCCAAUAUAACCGAUGACUGCAUUAUAGGACUCGACUUAAUGCAGAAAUUCGGGUUUUCUAUUGACAUUGGCGGAGGAGCUUUGACAUGUGGGGAUGUAGAGAUUGCUUUACUAAAUGAUGAGGAUGAGGAAGAGAAUGGUCGAAUCAGAAGAAUCAUGUUGACGGAGGAUACGAGCUUGCCUGCACAAUCUGAAUUGAUUUUUUACGAAAAAUUGGAGCCUGGUCAUACAAAAACGAGAACGGCACUGAUCGAGGGCAAGGAAGAUAACUACAGUGAAUUUGCCGUAGGUAAGACGUUGGUCAUGAUUGAUAGAGAUCAGAAAGUACCUGUUAGAGUUAUGAACCUUGGCUUGGGUGAAAAAAAACUAAGAAAAGACAGCAUCAUAGCUGUUUGCUAUACGUUCGACCUGAUACAAAAUUGCAGCGAUGAUAACAUCAUCAGGGACAGCACUGCAUCAGCCCACCUGCAUAUUACAGGGCUCUUGGGGAAGAUUAAGACGAAUUUAUCGGAUGAACAAUAUGCCAGUGCCGAAAAAUUGAUUUGUGAGUUUAAUGAUAUUUUUCCGACUGAUGAGACAGAUUGCGGGCGAACGAAUAUGGUUCAACAUCGUAUCGACAGAGGAAACACCAGACCAAUUCGACAUCCACCACGUCGUCUUCCACUGGCAAAACAAAAAAAAGCCAUGGACAUGAUAGAAUGCAUGAGACGACAGGGAGUCAUUGAGCCCUCCAAUAGUCCUUGGUGCUCACCUAUAGUCUUAGUGAGAAAAAAAAAAAAGACGGUUCUAUGCGAUUCUGUGUAG